AUGGAAGUUGUUUACUUAGUUUAUUUAGUUUUGGCUUUAUUGAUUGGUGUAAUAGAUUUAUAUUGCAUUAUAAUAAAUAUGAAGUGCAUUGACAAUAAAUUCACAUUUACGAUUUUGAAUUUGCUGUGUAUUGAUAAUUCAAUAUUUAGUUAGUGUGCUUUUAAUUUGUUUAGGAUGUCUAAUGGCUAUAGUGAAUUGCCAAGUUUCAUGGUCAUUUACAUUUAUUGGUUUAAGUGCAAUUUGUGUAUGGCAAUCUUUUACUAUGUAUGCAACAUCUACAAAUAAAGUGAUUGUAUGGAAUGCUGCUUAAAAAGUAAAAAAUAGAAUUUAUAUAUAAUAGACAAUGCUAGUAAUGGCAUAUGUUGUUCCUGUUGUAUUUUAUUUGAUUUCAUUAUUGGUGAUGAGGAAUACUGAUUUUCAUAAAAAUUCAUAGAUUUGUGCAAUAAAGUUUAAUUCGAAAGAAUUGCUGUUAACAAAAGUGCUCUAAUUUUUCUUCUUUUUUGCAUUCCAAUUAAUCUUUUUGAUAUUUGGAAUCAUUGACUCUCUUAAGAGUACAAAAUUCUUAGAAAAGUGAUUUAUAUAAUUGAUUAUAGACAAAAGAGUAGAUUUACAUUUUUAGAGCAAUCCUAUCGUGAAACUUUGAUUUUUCCAAUAAUUACAUCAGUGCUGAUCCUCUCUUAUUUUGUCUCUUUCAAUAUUCAAUACUGGUUAUAAGUGGAAUAGAUUCUCAUGAUAAAUAAUAUAUGUUCAAUAGCAAUGGAGAUAAACUUAAUGAUAUUAGUAUUUUAAUAUGGAUUUAAUUCAACCCUUUUGAAAGUGAAUACAAUUAGAAAGGUGUAUUAAUUUAGAUCAAAUUUAGAAUUGAAAUACCGAAACAAGUAUUGUUUCAUUAGUCAUUUUAGAUUGUUAGAGGGAUCUGGAUCUACCUUUUUCCAUGGUACUUACAGUGA